AUGCCUAAAAGCAUUAUCCAUCCAUAUGAAUGGAGUAUUAAUGACAUUCAGUAUUUUGUGACUGUCAACUCUGAUCGUAAUGAACUGAAUCUUUAUCAAUCAAAGUAUCAAAACAAAAAGUACAUCACUACAAAGCUAUCAACUUCUUCAGAUAGCAUAACACGCUCAGAAUCAGACCCUAUCCAAUGCUACAAUUAUUCUCCUACGGAAACUGGACUUUUUGCAUCUGGAUUAUUGUCUGGUACAGUUACAAUUUCCAACUUAGCCGCAGUACCUAGAGCAAUUUUUCGAUUACGACCAAAACAACAGCGUCCAUGCAAUUCAGUGUCUUUUAACUCACAGGGCCUUCUUGCAGUAGCUUUAGACAAGGUGAGAAAUGAUACCUCCUUGCAAAUUUUUGAUGUCAAUCGAGUACAACAAAACGACCCCAUUUCUUGCUACUCUUUGAUGCCAUCUGAAGUCGUCUCAUCCGUAUCUUUUCUUAGAGAAUCACCAUCUUCACUUAUAUGCGGCUCCUAUAAAUUUUUAAGAGAAUAUGAUCUUAGAUCUUCAUCAACAGUAUUUGAAACUGCUACAAAAUUUGUUCAAGGUGUCACUAUUGACCGAUUUAAUGAUUACUUUUUUUCUACACAUUCUGAUAGUGGUACGGUGGCUUUUUGGGACCGCCGCCAAAUCCGCACUGGUGUUUCUGGGAGCUCUGAACCAAUCAUGACUAUUAACCCAUUUGGUGAAAACCAACGUGGGAAAAGUGCUCAUCCUUGUUUUCGAAUCUCGUCAACGCGUCGUGGCGAAUUUGCUACUCUUCAGGAUGGCUAUACAAUUAAAAGAUGGCAAACAGGCUACGUACCUCCUCAUAUCCAGCACCAAUCCCAGAGCCUGAAUCCCACAAGUGCCAAUUCUUCGGAGCCACUGAAGAUUUCCUACAAAGAUAUACCUAAACAAGGCUAUUUAUUUGUGACUUCAAUUAUGAAAUCGGUCACUCCAACAAAUGAACGCGUCACUUCCUUCGAUUAUGUCACAGACUUAGAAUACAAAAAUCGUUUAAAUUUCAUAUGUUUAACACAGUCUGGAUCUCUUGUUCGAAUGAAAGCUGUGGAAAGCCCUACAGCCGUUAAAUUUGAUCCGUUUAAUGUUGUUGCUUCAGUCGACAGAGAGCACAUCACUUUUAUUGGGCCCAGAGCUGGAGAAUCACACAAUAUUGACAUAAGCCGUCGAAUAUCAUCAGCUUCUACUGAAUCGAUAUCCGGCACAUCUGAUGAAGGCGAAAUAAAUGAGGGCGCUGGAAGCUCUAAAAAUUCCAAGAGCGAAUGUGCAAUUUUGCCCUCUACAUCUUCUGGAGCAGAUACCACCAAUAAUUCCUUGUUUGAUGUCAGUGAUGUAUUAGAAAGAGACGUUUCUUUUUCAAUCCGUAAACUUGCCAUGAACAACUACUCGAUGGAUUGCGAAAGCAACAUUGCUCUUCUAAAUACAUACAGCCACCCCAACGGAACUAGAAUAGAGCGGCUGAAAGCAGCGUGGAGUUGGGUUGACCGCGCACAAAAGUCUCGUCCUUCUAUGGUUUACGGCUUGGUAGAUUUUUCAUAUGAAGGUGUUCUUGGUAUUUGGGAAGGAUACAAUUGGAUUUCUAAAAAGGUAAACAAUCCCAAUUUUCAUCGACAAGCUUUUGAGACUGCAGUAUCCCGUAUAUUAGAUCGUUCGAAACGCAAAAUUUAUACAGAGUGGUCUUCACCAAGUCCUGCAAAACGCGAUCUUCGCCAAUUGUGUUUACGUGCUGCUGGUUGGAACUUUGACAUUUCGCAGUUGGAGAGAUUGCUUGAGGAGCUAGAAUCAGAAGGCAAAUAUGAACAAGCUGCAGGCUGGGCUGUGUUUCACGGAAGAGUGAACCGAGCAGUAAAAUCUCUUGCUGCUUCCAAAAAUGAUCGUCUAAGAAUGAUGUCAGCGGCAAUCGCAGGCUACGAUGGCUACAAAAAUACAACCAGAAACUCUCCAUGGAAAGAGCUGUGCCGCAAAAUGUCUUCGGAACUUGAAAAUCCUUACAUGCGAGCUGUUUUUGCUUUUAUUGCUGAUGGUGAUUGGAUUGACGUUUUGGACGAAGAGUCACUCCCAUUACGCGAACGCCUUGGCAUUGCUUUACGGUUUCUUUCAGAUGAAGAACUUACUAACCGCCUUUAUAAAAUGAAGAACCAAGCCAUUGAAAACGGUGAUAUUGAUGGCAUUAUACUAACGGGAAUUACACCUGCAGCCGUUGAUUUACUGCAGUCAUAUGUUGACAAAACAGCAGAUGUCCAAACUGCUUCACUUAUUAUUUCUUUCGCUUCGCCGCUAUAUUUUACCGAUGAACGUGUUACACACUGGAUCGAGUGCUACAGAAACUUACUCAAUUCCUGGCGACUUUUUUCCAAACGAGCCAUGUUUGAUGUUGCUCGCACUCGUGCGUCAAAAACUUUUGAUGACAGAAUAACUAAUACUGUUGUUCCUCCUCAAGUAUACCUUCAGUGCCACAACUGUAAAAAGGUAAUCCGGAGUAUGGUUAACGCUACGGGAGGCGAAUCAGGGUCAGAUUGGAAUGUUCCAUCAUCAGCUUCAGUUCCAGGUGGAGGUGUCCCCCCAGCACAGCGACAAGAAAGCAUAAGCUCUUCACCGACUAAUCAUUUACUAAUGGAGCCGGCUUCUUAUCACCGAUACUACACGAGCCAGACACGGUUUCAGAGCACUGCUGAUAUUAAUAUCCGUUGUCCUCAUUGUAAUUAUCCAUUGCCUAGAUGUGCCGUUUGUUUACUUCCUUUGGGUGCGAUGCCAUCUCGAAUGAACUAUAACAACUCUCUAGAAGGGCUCCAGAACUUUAUGGGAGAAAACAAUGACCAAGAUCCCCAACAAACAGAUGGUGAUCAAACAUCCAAAAAUGCCAUGGAAAACAGAAAUCUAUUUGAUCGAUACUUUGUAUUUUGUUUGUCCUGCAAUCAUGGCAUGCAUGCUGGCCAUGCUCGGGAAUGGUUUUCAAAGCAUUCCAUGUGUGCUGUUCCUGAUUGCGAAUGUAAUUGCAACCAGUAUAGAUAA